AUGGAGCCAUAUCAACAGUUCCGCCUCGGGACAAGGAUCGAAGCGCUCGCUAUCAGACGAGACCUCAAGCGCGACUACUUUUAUAACCGCCUCACUGACAUCCAACACUACUUCCCAACAGCCUGGGGAUUCAAAGUCAACAGCAUCAACAUCCUCUUCCUCGAAGACGAACACGAACAAUGUUUUGAGCCCAAGCGGAUCGCACACUACCCCAACGCCAUCAUCGACAUCGUCACAGCCAACAACAGUCAGGAAGAACAACCGCAACAAUCGUCAACACCAACCAGUCAUUCCGACGAGACUGACCUUCAACUUACAGCCGACCUUGACAACAGCAAACAAAAGGAUAUUGGCUCGUCAUCUCAACAUAACGUGGAUCAGUCCGUACCGACACUCUCUGUCCAGCCCAACACUGCAGUCACCACGCGUCCCCGACGCGCUACUUUUGGUGCAUCUUCACCACCUGUUCCGUUGCCUGAUUCCCUUAUCACCAAGUCUUCACCCAUUAGCAUGGACGCCCUCCUGGACAACCAACCCCAAGAACAAGAACAACAACAACAACUGCAACAGCAACAGCCAUACCAGACGACAAAACUCGUUCAUGACAGCAGUGCCCCAAAAGAAGAGCCUAACCACGACAAGGUUCUCCAACAGCAAUUGGCGGACAAUCAAUCGUCGCCCUCUUCUGAGCACUCUCACGAUGCUGACGACGAUGAACAACAAGGACACCACAUGAAGGAUCGCCCACAGGAACAAUAUCAGACCAUGGUCGAGCUAGUGAUGGCACAAAGGAAACUCGACGCCGCCUUCUUGCUGAACGAUGAACUGUACGAGUAUCCGGUCCCAAGGCUAUUUGUCCUCCUCCCACCGUCCUUCACAAACAAAAAUCCAAGCGGAGAGCCUUUGCAGAAUUUUCGACUGUAUUUUCUGUGCGAGUGUGGGGACCAAUGUGAAAAUCACAACAACAGCAACAGCAGUAACAAUAGUUCGACAGCGGAAUUCGGUGGCCCCUCCAACAAACCAACUACCAAGCCCACAACGGAACCACCAGGAACCAAUCCAAGGACGAUGGUGCACUUAGUCAAGCAUGGCGGAUAUGAAGUCUCGCGGACGGCGGAAUUUAUCGAAAAGUACGGAUCCUAUGUCCUCGGCAUGCUCGCUGUCCUCAAGCACUCGAUGGCGUUCACGGCAAUGAUGAGUCCUGAACUGAGCAUAUUUCACGAGCGAGGCGACCCUUCCUUCAAGACGACGGAGAACAUGGUCAGGAACACAGUAGCCGCUAUCAACACAACAAUCGAUUCUCUGGAAAAGACCCUGGGCAUUAACAGCGACCACGAUGCGACAACCGACAAAACCGACCUCGAUGCUUUUGGAGCCUGCGAGACCUUCAAGAAUCUUCGGACACUGGAUGGAGCAGAACAUCGACGGUUGGACACGUUCUUGCGCAGCCACAACCAUGAUGGGUUCCUGGGCGACUUGUACAGGACCACUAUGGAGACUGGCCGUGUCAAGUGGGUGUGCUUUGAGCAUUACCGGACGCUCUACUCCGUUUCCAGUAUGAACUCCUUCAUCGGGGCUGUCGAGGCCAAUGGCGGUGCAUACAGCCCUUAUCUCAGCAAGGCCGUCAUCAACCUCACCUCCACCGCUGCCGCCAAGGACUUUUUCGGGAAACUGGCCUCGCAAGCACUGGCACUGGACGAGCUCGAUAUUGCCCUCGACUGGAAGUUUGGAUCUUCCGACCUUGCCGCUCUUGCAAGUGCGGUCGCUCAAUCCAACUUGCGGGUUUUGAGAUUGGAUAUGAGAGACGACAAGGGCAAAAAGUCGGCAUUUGAGGGUAUGUCGCUUGGCAAGGGUCGAUACCACCCCUUGGUUCAGAUGGUCUCCAGUAAGAACCUUCGAGGCGUGUUCUUCUCCAAUGUUCACCAUCUCGGUUCUCGAGUGUCCGGGCUACCUCAGAACCACAUCACUAGCACUCUGCAACGCUUCCACCUUUUGAACGUCAUUGAGCCCGCGGAUCAAGUUCGGUUGGCCAACAUCCUCACCAGCUGCCCCUGCCUCGUCGACCUGAGACUCGGAUCGUUCUCAAGCCAGAGGACAAUGCAUCCAACCCUGUAUCACGCAAUGGCCUCGUUGAAGCGACUGAAAAACUCUCACAUCUACAACAUGGAUACAGGAUUGCCAGAUGCCAACGUUUCAGGCGACACGAGAAAGUUGGAAGACGCCUCCCUCUCCACUGAGGCUCUGAAGGGUCUGGUCAGAACGGGAUGUGUGAUGGAUCGCGUCAAACUCGAGGGCCUUAUUCAGGUGUCGUCGGGAAUUAUGGAGGUGCUGGUCUUAGAGUUUACGGAAAAGCGACGGGAGGUCGUGGAACUGUCACCAGCUCAUUACCGAGAAUUUGCCAACGUGCCCCAGCGCCAAUCGUUCACCGCACUCAGCCACGCUGCCCGCCCAUUCUCCAACUUGACACAUCUCCACCUGGGAACAAGAAUCACGGACGCUUCGAUCGAUUUACUGGCAUCGGUUGUCUGGAACUUGAGCCUUGUCCACUUUGGCGCCGAUGAGCACUCCAAGCGACUCCUCAAGUACGUCAACUUUGCAUCUCUCAAGUCGCUCAGUCUGACAGAUCUCACAGAGGACGAUAUGCAUCCCCUCUUUGAGGCCUUUCUGGACGAGAACCGCCCCUGCCAGCUCGACCGGAUGGACCUCAAGAUGACUGGCCAGAUUCGGAUCGUGCCGGAUCUGCUCCACAAGAUCCCACUGAGGCGACUGGAGCUGGCUGAAAUUCCUCGUGAAGGUAUGGCCAAAAUUAUGCCCAUCCUGAACCUCAGCCGGCUUGAGGUGUUGUCGACUCAGCUCUGUGGCGGAGUCGGAUUUCCUGUACAUCAAUACUACGACGAUAUCGAGUCUGCGUUGGCGGCGCGGGUGAAGCAGUUGGGGGACAACUUUUUACUGCAGUGCGAGAAAUUGAUCCCGGUCCCGUCCAGCACUUUGAGUGCUAGAUUAGAGGGAAGUGAGCAUCGACUGAAAGCGCAACAUAUUAUGUUCGUCAAGCGGGCUGAGUUGGAUAACCAACAUUGGCAUUCUAUUCUGUCUACUGUCUUUUGA